AUGGAAAAACAAAAGGGUCACGUCUCCAAGGAUGAGGUUAGCUUAAACACCCCUUCAAUGAACGCAUUAGGAGAAAACUCUGGUUCGAUGAUACCAACUGAUCUCAUCGUUGAGAUACUCUCGAGAUUGCCUGCAAAAUCCAUAGCCAGGUUUCGUUGUGUGUCAAAGGACUGGUCGUUCAUUCUCUGCCGUCAAAAUUUCACCGAUCUGUUCUUGAAGAUGUCUUCUGCUCGUCCGCGUCUUUUGUUCAUCUUAGAACUCAAACGUAAGUUUCUCUUUUUCUCGACACCUCAGCCCCUAAAUCCAGACCAGAACUCAUCUCCUAUAGUUCUCGAUCGUCACAUGAGUGUCUCCACCGAAGAUUCUUUUUACGGGGUUACUCGUCCUGUAUGCGGAUGGCUCUGUAGUAAAGAUAAGAAUAUAAUGAUCUGUAACCCUAGCACAGGACAGUGCAUAACUUUACCCAAAGUGACAUUAACGGACCGACUUACGGUGUAUACCUAUUUGGGGUAUGAUCCUAUUGACAAAUUGUUCAAGGUAUUGCACGUGUCCAAGGAUGGCUAUCGAGCUUUAACAUUUGAUAAUGAAGAAAUGUUAUGGAGAAUGAUCGAUUGUUCGAUUCCCCAUAGGCCAUUACCUACUGGAAAUGGCAUAUGCAUCAAUGGAGUUUUGUACUACAUAGUUAUGGGCUUAGAACAUUUUAUGGUAGCUUGCUUUGAUAUUAGGUUCGAAAAGUUCACGUUUCUAGCUGUGGACGUUCCCAUUUUGAAGGCAAAACUGAUCAAUUACAAUGGAAAAUUGGGCGCAGUUCUCCCUGCUGAUUCGGUUUCUUUUUUCGAAGGAAAUACUACAAGUUUUGAACUAUGGGUUUUAGGCGAGAAUCAGAAGUGGUCGAAGCAUAUCUAUGUAUUGCCACCAUUGUGGAGGGAUGUUGUUGGGAAUAAAACCAUGCUACACAUUGUUGGGAUGAGUGGUACAGGUGACUUUGUGUUUGCCCCAGAUUAUCAUCAAUUGGACCCCUACAUUUUCUUCUACAAUGUGGCGAGGAACACUGUCGUAAGAGUCGAGAUCCAAUUAGGAACUGAAGCUUCUAAGUCUCGCAAGAUCCACACAUUCGUGGACCAUGUACAAGAUGUGAAGCUUAUGGAAACGCUUAGGAGGAGUUCAUAG